AUGUCCAGGUUAAUUGCUCUCUCUUUAACAUGCGUUGCUCUCGUAGCAGCACAGAACCCAGACCCUUCGAUCAGUACGCCCGUGGCACCUGCUGCGGAGACUGUCACCGCGACAUCGACCUCUGCGAACGUGCCAUUAUUCGACCUCGAGACCAUCCAGUUGACUAAUAAAGUUGUGUCCGAGCUUCGGAGCAACACUGCUGUUUCCCAAUAUGCUUCCCUUUUCGACUUCGGUGACACCAAUGCUUCAGCUGCCGUGCGCUCUCGCCAUGCCAGAGACAUUCAGCGCUGCAAGACAAUGCCUGGCGAUGCACUCUAUCCAAACAAGCUGGUCUGGAACAUCUUUGAUCUAUUGUCAGGAGGCGCUCUUGAGCCCAUCGUGCCCAUUGGCUCGCCCUGCUACCGCGACUCAGCGUACAACAACUAUGAUGCUGAAAGAUGUGCAUUCCUAGUCCAGAACUUUGAUCAGGAGGAGGUCUACUACGAAGACAACGGAGCACUGAUGAACCCGCUGUACUACGGCAUGUCAUGCCCAAUCCCAGCAUCCGGGAACGCUGCCAACGGUACUUGCACCCAGGGCGGAUACUCGGACUAUGCAGUCAAGAUCGAGAACGUUGCACAAAUGCAACUAGCCGUCAAUUUCGCUCGUUCCCUUAACCUUCGCUUGGUCAUUCGCAACACAGGUCAUGAUUACAACGGACGAUCCGUUGGCAAGGGUGCGUUGAGCAUCUGGACUCAUGGCUUGAAGGAGAUCCAGUACGUUGAGAACUACCAGAGCGCAGCUUACUCCGGACCUGCCUUCAAGGUCGGUGCUGGUGUGCAAGGCUUUGAGCUGAUGCAGGCUGCCGAAAGCAACGGCGUAUCUGUCGUUGCAGGUAUUUGCCCAACUGUGGGUACCUUCGGUGGCUACUCGACUGGAGGCGGCCACAGUCCACUGAUGCAGCUGUUUGGAGCUGGCUCUGACCAAAUAAUUGCUUUCGAAGUUGUGCUCGCAAGCGGCCGUUUCGUUACCGCUACGCAAUCAGUGAACAGCGAUUUGUACUGGGCCAUGCUUGGUGGCGGCGGUGGCACAUUUGGCAUUAUCACUUCGGCCAUUGUUAUGGCUCAUCCUAAAGUGCCUGUCACUGUCUCGACCUGGACCGUAAUGACAUCUGAGACAGUCCAUGCCGAGGCCUUCUGGGAACUCGUCAAGUUCUUCUGGGAGAGCUUUCCGGCGUACAACGACGCGAAGACUUACUCGUGGGGUACCAUCAUGAAGCUUGCUCCUGGAGCCUACCUGUGGUCAAUGAACCCCUUCUUCGCAACUAAUAAGACUGUUGAAGAGUUCGAGGCUUUGGUAGCACCGCUUUUCACAAAAGCUGCUGAGCUUAACAUCACAAUAUCGGCCAACACGACACGCUACGACACUGUGUACCCAGCGUACCAAGCUACCUUUGCGCCACAGAACUACUAUAUUGGAGGAGCUGGUGCGAUUCCGGGAAGCCGCUUUGUGCCAACGGAGAACUGGGCGAACGACGAAGUUCUCGGGCAGACAUUUGCUGCCGUCCAGAAUAUCGUGGAAACCGCGAUGAUGCUGAACCUGUACCACCAGCACACAGCCGAUGAGUUUGACAAGGGCGUCAACUCACUCAACCCAGCUUUCCGUAAUCUGCAGGCUCAACUGGUGGCCAUUAAAAAUGUUGCUGACAUGUCACCCGCUGGCUGGAAGGCUGCCGACGACGCCUUGAAUACGGAGGUCAUGGCCCCAAUUCGGAAAGUCACACCUGCUGGUGGUGCAUACGGUAACGAAGCGAACGUUGGCGAGCCAGACUGGCAACAAGCCUUCUGGGGCAAGAACUACCCAAGGUUGCUGGAAAUGAAGAAGAAGUACGAUCCGACCGAGCUGUUCUACGUUCACCACGGCGUGGGCAGUGAGGGGUGGGUCGUCCAGGACAAUGGUAUCGUAGGCGUACAGUCGACCGAUGGGCCCCUGUGCCGCAUAUGA